AAGCCCCGCCUGCUCCGUAGACGGUUCUGAUGGUCCGACUGCUGGAGCGGAGGAUGAAGCUGUUCGUGGCCGCCGCGCUGCUGCUGGGCUCGGUUCUGCUGCUGCUGCUGCCCGGCCCCGGGGCCGCGGACGACAAGAAGAAGGGGCCCAAAGUGACGGCCAAGGUUUACUUUGACAUGAAGAUCGGAGACGAGGAGGUCGGCCGGAUCGUCAUCGGGGUCUUCGGGAAAACCGUUCCCAAGACGGUGGACAACUUUGUUGCCCUGGCGACGGGAGAGAAAGGAUUCGGCUACAAGGGCAGCAAGUUCCACCGGGUCAUCAAGCAGUUCAUGAUCCAGGGAGGAGACUUCACCAGGGGGGACGGGACCGGGGGGAAGAGCAUCUACGGGGACCGGUUCCCUGACGAGAACUUCAAGCUGAAGCACUACGGCGCCGGCUGGCUCAGCAUGGCCAACGCCGGCAAAGACACCAACGGGUCCCAGUUCUUCAUCACCACCGUGCAGACGCCCUGGCUGGACGGCAAGCACGUGGUGUUCGGCAAGAUCCUGGAGGGCAUGGACGUGGUCAACAAGAUCGAGGCCACCAAGACGGACGGCCGGGACAAACCGCUGAAGGACGUCGUCAUCCACGACUCGGGCGUGAUCGAGGUGGAGAAGCCGUUCGCCGUGGCCAAGGAGUAGACGGGGGGUCUGGGGGGGUGGGAGGGACCUGGGGGGACCUGGGGGGACCUGGGGACCCGGGGGGACCUGGAGGGGGCGGGGCUUCAGAAGAGCAGUGGUGACAUCAUCACUCUGGUCCAUCUAACAUUCCAGACACUGAAACUUCUGUUUUGUAAAAAAUGAGAUCUGAAAUAAAGAUUCAGUUUUUCUUAAA